CUCUCUCUCUCGCUGCUUCUUCCUCAUCUUCUUUCGCUUUUUAUUUUUCCUUCCAGGCCACCUCAUUUCCUUUGCCUUUGGUGUAUACAAAAAAAUUGAGGAAAAACGGCCAGAUUUUGCCCUCCACAAACCCUAACGGGGAGACGGAAAUGGCCACCAGGGGGAGCAGAUCCGAGAAAGUGAAGAGGAUAUUCCAGCAAUUCGACUCCAACCGCGACGGCGGCCUCAACCGGGAGGAGAUGGCCGCGCUCGUCGUCGCCGUGAACCCUCGGGUCAAGUUCAGCGACGAGCAGAUCAACGCGAUCCUCGAUGAGGUCUUCCGGACCUAUGGCGAGUACAUUGAUGGCGAGAAGGGCCUCACGUACGACGGCCUCCUCCGUACCUACGACGACGGCGCCGGCGACGUCGACCGUGACUUCGACGCGCUGGGCCUCGAGCUCAAUUUAGACGAGGACGCCAAGAACAAGGAGAUUAGGGUCAGGACCGGGUCCGACGAGGUGUCGUCCUCCUCUAUCGCGGAUGAGAGGGCGAUGGAGUCGCAGAAGAAGCAGAGGACCGCGGCCUGGGCCGUGUCUCCGAACCACGGGAUCGUUUUCGAUGACACGUGGAAGAUAGUCGACGAUUUGGAGAUUUUGAUCAAGCGAUUGAAGGCGAAGCAGGCGAAAGACGGAAAAUUGAGAGGCGACAACAACAAUAACAACAAUUUUGAUUCGUAUUCAGAUGCCGGAUGGUCCCGGGAGUUGGGGCCGUCCUCGGAGAUUAGUGAAAGGAGGUUCUUUUGGGAGGAGUCUGGGCACGACUAUGCGGUUUUCGUGAAGGAAUUGGGAGUUCUAAGGAACAGGGCUGAUGGGGCGAGGUCUAGAGAAGAGGCGUUCGACGGGCACAUGGCGAUCGGGAGGGUUCUCUACGAUCAUCAGCUGUUUAAGGUGGCCCUUGUGAGUUUCAAGAGGGCUUGUGAGCUGCAACCUGUAGAUGUCAGGCCACAUUUUAGGGCCGGCAACUGUUUGUAUGUUCUUUGCAGGUAUAAAGAAGCUAAGGAAGAGUUUCUGUUAGCUCUCGAGGCAGCCGAGGCAGGAGGGAACCAGUGGUCCUACUUACUCCCUCAGAUUUACGUCAACCUCGGAAUCGCUCUCGAAGGUGAAGGUAUGGUUUUAAGUGCCUGUGAGUACUAUAGGGAGGCUGCUAUAUUGUGCCCGACUCACUUUCGGGCCUUGAAGCUUUUGGGUAGUGCACUUUUUGGCGUAGGAGAGUAUAGGGCGGCCGUUAAGGCCUUGGAAGAGGCCAUCUUUAUGAAACCCGAUUAUGCCGAUGCCCACUGCGAUUUGGCAUCGGCUUUACAUGCAAUGGGCGAGGAUGAAAGGGCUAUUGAGGUGUUUCAGAAGGCAAUUGACUUGAAACCUGGUCAUGUUGAUGCCCUUUACAAUUUGGGUGGACUUUAUAUGGACCUGGGUAGGUUUCAGAGAGCUUCAGAGAUGUAUACUCGGGUUUUGUCUGUUUGGCCGAAUCAUUGGAGAGCUCAGCUCAACAAGGCUGUGUCUUGGCUGGGGGCUGGGGAAACUGAGGAAGCCAAGAAAGCACUGAAGGAGGCACUGAAGAUGACUAAUAGAGUUGAACUGCAUGAUGCGAUAGCCCAUCUUAAGCAGUUGCAGAAGAAGAAAGUGAAGGGCAAUGGAGGUGCCAAUGGGGAGGGAGCUUUUGUCAUCAUUGAAGCAUCGAAGUUCAAGACUCUGGGUGAGAGGACAACUCUGAGGCAGGAUUUAGCAGUUGCCCUUCAAAUUAGGGCUUUUCAGCGGGUCACCAGGUUGAGUCGCUGCGAUGUGGAGCUCUUGCAGCAGGAAAUGUCUGGCAGUGAUGUCCCUAUCUCAUAUUCUGGCACAGGUGCUCCAGAGAAAUCUAUUCGGAAACCAAACUUGGAGCAGAUCCUCCGCAAGCUCCUUAAUUUCCUGAAGCCAGAGACGUUCCAAGGGGCAGUAAAAGCGAUAAACGAGAGGAUCCUUUCUGUUCUAGAUAUGACAGGCUCUGGUCGGGUUGACUUGGGGAUGUUCUAUGCUGUUCUUGCACCCAUAUGCAGUGGCCCACCUGAAAAGAGAAAACGUGUCGCCUACGAUGCGCUCUUGUGGCGAAGCGUGAAUGAUGGGAUCGCUCCAUCCCAGAUAAGAAAGGUCGAUGCCCUUGAUUUUAUCAAGUUGUUAAGGGCUAUCUAUACCCCCUCGAGUGGCAGUAGUGAGAUCCACGAGGUACAUGGAGAGAUGGACAUUUCGAUGAUUUCCUUCUCCGAGUUCCUUGUGAUGUUCGAUGAUCGGGAUUGGGGCUUUGGCAUCUUAUCCACUCUGAUGAAGCUCGAAGCAGGGGACAGGAAUCGCCACGGUCGCUACGUUUGCUCGGUUUGCCGAUACCCAGUCAUUGGGUCUCGGUUUAAGGAAACGAAGUCCCAUUUUAGCUUGUGUAAUCAGUGCUACAGCGAGGGUAAGGUGCCUCCAACCUUCAAGCAGGAAGAGUACAGGUUCAGAGAGUAUGUUAGCGAAUCGGAAGCAGUGAAAGAUAAGUGCACAUGCUUUAAUAUGCAAUCAAACAGCGCAUCCUAACCAUGUUGACCCUUGGAAUUUUCUUUUGUUGAUUCGGUGCUGCUUCCAUUUUUUCCUGUUCUAGUUGCUCAGCGUGUAUCUAUAGUUCGUCGGCGUCUCAAGUGUGCGACAGCCCUUGUGUAAUUGAACACAUGCUCCUCGGUGUCUCGUUCUCGGUUUUGUUUAGCUGCUAGAAGUUUUUUGUGGUACCUCUGUCAUGUACAGUCCCCCCCUCAAUGUGCGACUCUGCGCUUGGAUGUAGAGUCCGCAUCAAGAAUCCCAAGAUGCUAAUUGAAAUGUCUCCAUUUUCUGUUUGUUCUUUCUCUGAC